AUGAACGCCGACACGAACCAUUACCGGUGUCGAUCGGUCCGCUGCUUGAAUGCGACGUCGCCGAUUCGAAGCUUCGAUAAUUCGUUGGCCAAUGGCAGCCGUGCGAGCAUCAGUUCAGUUCCGGUUCUGGUUCCGAUUCGGUCUGAUGGCCGGUUAGCCCACGCCCUGCUAUCGACGGCUCUCGCUGGCAAGUACGAUACGAAGCACGACCAGUGCCGAUGCCCAUGA